GUCCCCGGGGUUCACGAAUGCUUGACGGAAGAAGAGCGAGCUCGGAAGAUUCAUCGGAAAGAACCACUGGGUUCGGAUCGUUCUGGUCGCACCUAUUGGUACAUCGGUCGUCGAAUAUUGGUUGAACCCACUGAUUUCACCCAACGAGAGCCCUGUCUUCCCGGUGUUCUGGAUGGCGUAUACGACCCCCACUGGCAGCAAGCUUAUGCUGACAGUUUCUUGGAUGACCCCGAUCUUGGAGAAGAUUACGAUGAACAACACACCACUUCAUGUUUUCCCGGUGACGAUUCAGAGGAUUUUCCUGAAUGUCCACUCCGACGCAUUCGAUGCAAUCCGAGUAUAGAAUACGCCAAUGAGCCGCCCGUUUAUUACUAUAGCACUUUUGAGCAGGUUGCAGAACUACGCGCCUGUUUAUCUAUGCGUUGGGAACCGUGGCUGUGUCAGCGUCUAGAUGCUCUGAUGCCCCGAUUACAGACUGAAAUGCUUGUAACGCAACAGCUGACCGCGAGCGGCUUGGAUACUUUUUGUCGCAUGCGACCCGAUCACGAACGCAUUGAGUUGCCCAAAGCGCUGGAUUGGACCAGCCUGGCUUCUUCACGGUCGCACGUAACUCGUGUGUUUGCCUUGCUCGAGGCUGAAGCUAGACAAAGUCAGUUGCGUAUGCAUUUGGAGUGUGACAAAACUGAGGAAGCGCUGGAGUAUCGGUCAAUCGAUGCAUUGGUCAAUGCACCACCAACACUUGGAUUAGAUGCCGUCAAACCCCGUGCCCCGGAUGUCCUGCCGGAGGAUUUGCUGAAUGAACUUCCUGCUGGUGAAGAAAGUGCCGUGCUUGGUGCCUUGGUAACCUGUGAUGCGAACACAUGUAUUGUGCGGAAUCUCGAUGGUUUGCUUGUACGAGUGAAUAAACCGGAACCGACAGCAGGUGAAAAGCAAGGUAUUUGCAACACAGUUUUUGACUCAACGGAGCGUGCAACCUUUGCUCUCACCUGUCUCACGUCGGUUUCGCCUACGAGCUCGAUUGAUGCAAAUCGUGCACAACCGACGCUUCGCGCAUAUCGUCUCUCUGAUGAGGGUACUUGGCGCUCCUGGUCCAACCUGUACACGGUCGGUGUGUGGGUAGGACCCGAGGAAUCGUCACCGACCGAAAGAUCACGUACUAGUCGGGAAACCAAUCGUUCGAAUAAUCGCAUCGGCCUUUCUGAAAUGAAGUCCGAUAACGAUAAUGACAUGAACGCUGAAGUUGGGGAUCGACGGAGGCCUGUUACACGUUCUCGUCGCGCCAUUAAUGCAAGAGAGGGCGAGGAGAAACAAACCGAGUGCUCUACAGCGCCGGUCAACGUGAUCCUCAGUCGAACUCAAGUGGCCGAAGAUCGAGAACGACGACGCGUAUUGGGUAACAAGUUUAAUUUUACGGAAACCGCCACAGAAUUAUGGAACUAUGUGGAGCCCCCUCUGAUGGCUUCGUUCUACACGGAUCUUGUGGAGCUUUUGAGAUGUCCUUGUGCUCUGGAUGAUAAUCUCUUUCGAUCAGACUGGUCUGCAAGCCCGUGGCAGUCAGUGGAUGUGAUCCGAAUGACCAUUGCUUACAUGGAAGCUCAGUUCCCUCUGGCCUUCCUUACACCGGCAUGGUUGACGCUGCGCAAACGGUGGCUUGCUCAUUUGGUCGAGGCGAAAACUUUGUCCGAAUUGGCUGAUGCGUUAGCCCUUUUGGAAGCUUCAAUUCGUCCGCUAUGUUAUCAGCGAAUUUGGUUUGGUUCUGUAGGUCGCUGGCUAUCACGAGGGAAUAGUGGAGGCUCGUUACUGUUGUGUCUUUUAUCCCGUCUGGUAUUCACCAAAAACGCAUGCAGUAAUAGAAUCCGAAUGGCAGAACAGCGCGAUACUGGCACCACACUGGGUGAAACAAUGGCUCCGCAGCGCAAGGCCACAAACUAA